AUGGAGGUUGAUCUUGACGGCCUGCCCUCGCUCCCCCAGAGGUUCUUGUCACACUUGCUUACGUUCGUGAACUCCUCCAACAUCGAUCGAUGCGCCGCGGCUGAUAAUAAACUUUACUUUUCCUUAGGGUGGGAUGUCCGCCUCAGGGACGUCAUUCCAACCACAUAUUGGAUCCUCGUCUUCGGUGUUUGCUACUCCUUCGUUCUUCCGUUCCUUAAAUCGGCGAUUCUAAUAGAAUGGUGCCGACUAUUCGUCACUCCGGGAACAAAGACCAAAACUCUCUUCUUCUGGGGUUGUAUGGCCGUCAUCUUCGUUCAGGUCGGUGCUGGCAUCGCUAUUAUCGUCGCGCUGAAUUUCCAGUGCAUCCCCCACCAGAGAAUCUACGAUUUCACAGUCCCAGGAAAAUUUUGGGACCUAUUCAAGCUGCAGGUUGCGUCGGCCACCAUCCAUCUCGUGUCAGACAUUGCUAUUUUCAUGUUGCCACAACGUAUAAUCUGGAAACUAAACAUGUCAUGGCGGAAGAGGCUUGGUGUUUCGGUCGUUUUUGGCCUGGGUUUCCUUGCCUGUGUCUCGGCGGCUUUCAGACUGGCCGUGACGGUCGCAUAUGGUAGAGCCACUGAUGCUAUCUUCAACCUGGGCCCUUUAGUUUUCUGGGCCUCCGCUGAGAUGACAUGCGGAUUCUUUAUUGUCUGUGUACCAUGCAUCCCGAAGAUUCUCAAGGACACCGGUGUCAUGAGCAAGAUUAAGAGAGGACUGGGCAUGAAGUCCACGAAGGCGAAUUCGAGCCACAAUUGGAACCGUUAUGGAAGUGGGCCGUCGAACCAUAGCAAGGCGAUGAAGACAACAAACGACGCAUAUUACGAGUUGGAUGAGGAGGGCGUACCUAUGAAGGAUAUAAAGGGGUCGGAAUCGACGGAGCAUCUCCAGAACGCCGCGCCCACUGAUGGAAUCGUCCGUACCACUCGCAUCGCGGUCACGCAGAACUCACCGUCGGUGAGCGACGGUGGGAGUAAUAACAUGUACACAGAUCCUAGGGGUGGGUGGGCAAGGUAG